AUGGCUAAGAUUUCCCAAGACGUCUCCUCUUCCAGAUCCAAGGCCAGAAAGGCCUACUUCAACGCUCCAUCCUCUGUGAGAAGAGUCCUGAUGUCCGCUCCUCUGUCCAAGGAGCUCAGAGAACAAUACAAGAUCAGAGCUCUCCCAGUGAGAAAGAACGACCAGGUUCUCGUUGUCAGAGGUUCCAAGAAGGGCCAGGAGGGAACCAUCUCCUCCGUGUACAGACUGAAAUACGCCAUCCAGCUCGAAAAAUUGACCAAAGAGAAAUCCAACGGUGCCAGCGUGCCAGUCAACAUCCACCCAUCCAAGGUCGUCAUUACCAAAUUGCACUUGGACAAGGACAGAAAGGCUUUGAUUGAGAGAAAGGGUGGAAAGGCCGAGUAG